AAAAACAUGCACGAGUGAGUUUUUCAAAGACUAUCAAAAUUGCACGAAUCCGAAGGACGAGUGCAAUUUGAAGUCUUUGAAAAACUCGCGAGUGCUAGUCAUUGGUGGUAGUCAAUGGACUCUACAACAACUUGAACUCUUGUUGUAGAGUUCACUGGUGCUAGUUCACUGCUGUUCGCAACGUUCGCGACAUCCGGGCCUUCGCGGGCAUUCAACGAAUCUUUCCGGAUGUUUCCGGGACGAGGAAUCGAGAGUGAGGAAGAGAGGAACACAACGAAAACAUGGUGAUGAUGUAGCGAAUUUUGAUUUUCAAAUCUCACAAGAAAAAAAGACAAACGAAACCAUGGUCACUAUACAGGAAAAACUGGACGUGAACACGGAAUUUCUAAUGCAGACAUCACAAAUGCAAAUGGUAGAGUUGAAAGUUCUGAAGAAACUGAUAUACAAGUCGAAAAAUGCACACAAAAAGGAGAAGUUUUUUCAGUGUUUACAAAGGAUAAAAAAGUCAUUAUACUGUUGGUUGGAUUUAAAAUAUUUUAAAAACAGCAAACAUGAGGAUUUUCACGAAACUUUGGAUAAGAUAAUGGUCGGAGGAGAAAUCACAUUACGGAUAAUCCUACUUUGUGAAGAGAUUGUACAGUACAAUCUUGCGUACAUGGCUCGUGGUUUCUUUGUGUCACUUCAUGUUGUAUUUGUGUCCUUAAUCAGCAGGCUGUGGGUUCUUCAAAAGGAUUGUUGGAGAUGCCUUGUGAAUUGUUAUCAAUAUAUUUUAUUACUUGCUCAAAAUUCUCAAAUAGCAGAGUCUUACAACAAGUACCCAAAGUCUUUGGAAGUUUGGCUCAAACAUGAUGUUGAUUGCAUGUUAAGUAGAAAUUGUCUGGAGGAUUAUUGUCAACAGCAAUUGCAACAACACGCACUUUCAGACAUGUGUGGUGAGAAGUUGAAUGAGGGGAGUUUGGAUCUUGGAGAACCAGUUUUUGAUAGAAAAGAAUCAAGGUUAGAUAAAAGGAAUGAGCAUUUAGAUAAAACAGAUAAGGAAAUAUUGUUAAGUGAAAAGAGUUUGGACAUUGGAAAACCAGUUGUCAAUAGACAACAAUCAAGAAUAAAUUUGGUGGGGAAAUUGGCCAUGGAAGACAAAAGUGAAGGCAUGCUUAAGCCUAUUGAGACAAAGGAAUUUCGUCCAAAAUUAAAGCUAUGUAGAUCUGUGGCAGGUGCUUUGGCAAGGAAAUCUUUUGCUGGUGUGCAAAACUCCUCUUGCUUUAAACGAAUAUUGGGCAAAGUGUUUAUAAGGAUCUCAAAGUAUCGCUUUACUAUGCUCAACUUGAUCAUGAAGGUGGAUUUAUCGCAUUACUCGUCAAGAAUGAAACGUGUUCUUCUCAAAUUUUUUCGUUCAAUCUUGCGUGAAAGGAAAUUGUUGUCUUGCAAAGAGCGAAGGGUUGUUUUUAGAGCAGAGUGUUUACUAAAGAAGAAAACAAUGAAAAAGAGAGAAUUUUCCAUCGAUUCGUUCAACGGAGAUGGUUUCUCUCGGAAACAUAGGAAAAAUUUGGAUUCUUUGCUUGAAUCAAAAUGUUCUUCAGAAUCAGAUGUUCACCUUUCCACUCAUCAUAACUAUGGGAAUUUAAAAAAUGUCAACAAGACAAACCUGUUGAAAAAGGCGGUUAUAAAUGGUAUUGUUGACAAAGAGUUGACUCAAGUUGACCGUGGUAAUGAUGUCCUUAAUUCUUUCAAUUGUGAUAACGAGCAUUUCCUGAAAACGGAUCACGUUGUUUUGAAUAAAAAGGGAUUUAGUGAGGAGAAAUUACUACAUGACAAUCACGAUGAAAUUGAUGAGAUAUUCAGUGUUUUAGAUCUCCUAUAAACUAUGAUAACCGAAUGAAAUGGCAAUUUUACCCGUAUUCCAGUGUCCAAAGGUCAGCCAGAGCUAUUACUUUCGCGCUAUAUACGAUGGGAAAUGUAGAAUGAACGCUUCUUCUAUACAAUUAAGUCCUCAAUGACUUUCUAGUUAAGCCAUUUGUCAUAUUUAAAUUGUUCUACAUAAUUUGUUGCUAUGUUGUAAUUUGUCCAAAAUGCUCCGACCAUGCUUUAAUUAAACUGUGAAAAUAA